AUGUCAAGUCAUCAUUCACUUAGCCCGCGGAAAAUCUGUAGUAACCAAAGCCAACCUGAUAUUAGAAGGCAUGAAAAUUCAUGUAAUUCAGUGAUUAUCGGUGUAUCCACUAGCAGCGAAAUUAGUGAUAGUCAUAAUUCAGAACCCGAAAUUAUUGAAGACAAACCUCCUAGUCCUUUGUCACUUCAACAAGAUGGUGUUUUCUCUUUAGUUCAAAGCCCACCCUUUGAAAAUGAUCAGUUGGAUUCUGUUUCUCCCGAAAAUCUGCUUUUGAAUCUACUUAUUGACUCAAACAACCAAACAUUAAUUAACCUAUCUGAAAUUGAUUCCACUGUUGCUGACCAAAAGCGCGAACUUGCCCCUAUCACAAGUGUACGGAAUCCUGAUCUGCAAAAUAUGACUCCAUCAGAAAGAGCAAACUCAGUCUCUGGUGAUAUAUCAAAUCCAAACUGUCCAGAUGUAGUUAAAAGUUUUCGAAAGCCGAAAUACAGUCUACGUGAUGGCGUUUCACAGCAACCCAUUACAGAUUACAUCUCUGCCUCAACUAUCGGAAGCUCAGACCCUGUCUUUUCUUUGACAACCAGAGAAACUAACUUAUCAUUAAUAGCAUCCAGGAAGAGUGUAAAAGAACUUUAUGGACAACCAAGCUGGUGGGGUGAUGGUGAUAGCGACUAUUCCUAUCCACAUACCUCUUCUUUUGGAAAUAAAGAAACUGUGCAUCCUGUUGUCGCUUCACGCAAAUACAGUAUGAAAACGGAUAUUAAUUUAACAUCUAAGGAAAAUUCUACUCGACCUCCUGCUGAAGCAUUUGUUAUAGAUUUUAGUUCUUCGAAACCUCGUUUAGAAAGACCUGCAUCAAUAUCUGGUAGUCUUAGCCAAUGUGUUCCUCUGAAGCUUCGUCAAGGUUUAGAUGAAAGGGAAAGGAGGAAGAAGGAGAAACAAUUAGAAGUUAGAAAACAAUCUACAUCCGGAAUAGUAAAUAAAAAUACAGUGACUGCCAUGUCAAAUUCGAAAUCCAGUACUACAACAAUACAAAGCAAGACAAAUAUGAAUGAAAUUCAGAAGAUCCGUUCUCGUGGUGGAUCAUUAUCUGCUAAAGGUUCUACAGUACGUACUUCAAACACCACCAGCAAUGUCACCGCCACAACGACUACUACAUCUGGGAGGUCGUCCAGUACAACCAUAAACAAGAAACCUCAAGUCACUGUGACGAAAUUAGACAAGCGAAUAACUAGUAAACCUGACCCAGCGUUACGUACAGGACGGGUAGAUAGUUCAACAAAUCUCACUUCUAGUAGUACAAAUGCUUCGAGACCUAACCUUACUGAUCGUUCUAGAGGGAGAUUAUUUAAUCAAACUAACAUUAAAGGACCUACACAAUCAAACAGAACAAAUGUUAAACCUCCAUUCUCGGUUGGUGGACGUCGAAUUUCCGCCGGUGCUGCAUCACUAACAAGUCAACGUACAGCUCCUAGCCAAUUAAAUCGAUCCAAAGUUCCAGUGGUAACACGUGGUUCAGUACACUUGUCUACUACAGGUUUAACAGAUUCACGUUCUAAUCUACGUGGGGCAUCGUCUGCAACUAGACAGUCAACUGUACAAUAUCGUGGUGUUAAUCGUAGCUUUAUGACACCGACAACAAGUUCCGAUGCAAAACAAGUAAAAACAAGAGAAUCUAUUCGCUCAAUGCCAAACGAAAGUCCAAUCUCUUCAUCACCUAAAUGUGAUUCUCGUCGAACUUAUGAAUCACCUAUGGGAAAUAGUGCUAAAAAACCCAUAACAAGUACAUUUUUACGUCGUGGUACUACUCAAGGACGUGUUGGAAUCUGUCGUAAAUUAUCUACUGAUAAUAUUAAUCAAUACUCGAACACUAGUAAAUCUUCAUUAUGUGUCUCUGAUCGAAUAGCAUCUGUAGUUUCUACCAUUGAAGCUUACGAUGAUCCAAAAGCUUAUUUAUUUUAUCGAAUGUUUCAAGGUGUAGAAGAAAUUGAAACCACAACAACUGAUGGUAUAUUUCAAGCAUUUUCACCAUAUUCAUCAAUAGACUUUCAAAAACACUUUUCAUCUGAAUCCAAUGAUACAAAUGAACAAUUAGAUUAUCAUUUACAUGGUUAUGGCAUCAAUGAAAAUUUUCAAAAUUUUCAAACUAAUUCGAAUGUACAAAAUAAAUUUUCUGGGUUACUUUCGAUUGAUGAUGAAGAAACACCUUAUCAAGAUCUUCCUUCUCAUCGUUCUGAUUUAACAACCAUAUCAACUUCAAACAGUAGGACAUUAGCAACAAAAACUCCAAUUUAUUUAUCGAAAUGUUAUACAAAUGAAAUCCCGACAGAUCAAGCUCAAAAUAUCGUUAAAUCUUCAACUGUAUCCAAUAAUAAAAUUAACUGUACAAUACAUGAGAAUGAUGAUGCAACAAUGGAUCCAACAUUAAAAUCAAUGAACCUAUCCAUGUUUGUUAGUACUUCUGUCAUUAGUUUAACACCGAGUCAAACAGGAACUUAUGUAAUUGAUGGAGGCGAUGGUAUUGAUGAUGAUAAUGAAGAUAAUAUUAAUAAUACAAAUCAAGAUUUCUUACAGCAUUCCGAUGAGCAAAAUAUUCAUUUAUCUAAAGAUAAUGACUUAUUAACACCUCGUGGAAGUCCUAUAGGCGAUAUUACGGCGGCGGGUGAAGUACUGAGUCGUCAAUCCACCAAUCGUUUGUCGAAUAAUCAACAAACAAAACAAUUGCAACAGUUUGCAAAAGAUUUUGAGAACUCCAUGUUGUCUGUUGAACAUGUACAAACACAUACAGCAGCGCAUCACCAAUAUUCUGGGAAUAAACGAUUGAAUGAUUCCAUUUCUACAGUAGAUUUAACUAAAACUUCAUCAAUUGAGAAACCUUUAUGCAUAACUAGUUCAACUGUAUGUCUUACUGAAACUCAUGACAAUACACUACAGGAUUCUAAAAAUAAAAAAGAUGUUUUACCAUGUGUAAUUGAUAACUUAGAAGAUUCUGAUCAUGUUGGAGCCUCGUUAACUAGUUUAACACCAAGUCACACAGGUACUUAUAUUCUUGAUAUAGAUGAUACAUUAAUUGCACAAGGUGUCCUACCUGUCAUUAUUCGUAACCAUGAAACUUUAGCUUCUUCAGUAACAACAAUCGAUUCUGGUCUAAAUGUUGAAUCAGCGAUGAAUACACACGGCGUUAUUGUAGAAAAUAUUACACCCAGAGGUAGUCCCAUUUCAAAAGAGAAAUUAUGGCAUAUUGUAGAAAAUGAUAAUGAUGAUAAAGGCAGAGACAACGACCUGGUGCUGGUUACAUCAAAUCAAAGCGGUAGACCAUACAAUAUUCCAUUUGAUAAUUGUGAUAACGAAUUAACUGGACAAUUUACAAUCGAGUCGUUAAGAGCUGAAUUUGAAGAUACGUAUAAAUUACUCCCAUCACCUAAUCAAUUUGUUGAUGGUGCCGAUAGUAGUGGUAACAGUAUGAAUAUUGUGGAAUCAUCAAUACCGCAAUCCGAAUCUCAUAGAUCACAAAUGAAAACAACUAAUACACAUUCUGUACAAGGGAAAGAAUCUAAUCGAACAAUGCCCUUAGUGAAUACUUCAAAUUUUACAUUACAACAUAUAAAUUAUUUUGUUAAGCCUAAAUCAAUCAAUUGUGCUGAAGUAUCAAAUAAUCUUCAAAAUGAUUUAAUUACCAAACAAAGUAUUAUUCACAAUACAUAUACACAGAAUAAUGAAAAAUAUUCCAGUGUUCAUAUUCCCCUUAAUGAUGGAGUUUCUCUUCCAACAACGGUUAGUCUGAAAUUGCCUGAUAGUUCUUCUUCAAACUCUUCUUCAUCAAAUAAUACAUCUACAUCAUCAUGUUCAAAUCAUAUUUUGAAGUACAACAGAGAAUUAACAGAUGAAUUAGAUCUAAACAAUCAGAACAUUGAACGUUUUGGUCUGAUGCAUAAUUUAAAUAACGAGAAUAAUAACAACAUGAAUGAACAUCAUCAUCAUUCCGCUUAUAAUACUUAUAUAAAACGAAGAAAUUCCGAAAAUUAUGAACAUUCAAAACUUUUGUAUAAUAAUAAUACUAAUGCCAUUCCAUCUACCACUGGGAAUCAGUUAUUCAAUGUAUCUGAGACUAUUGGAAAUCAUUGUCAUAUAACAAUUAGUAAACGUCGGGAUAAUGCAACAAUUACCAAUUUACAGUCAAUAAAUAACAAUAGUAAUUGUACAAAAAUAACAUCUACUACACCAUUUUCAUCAUCAUUUCGUGAUCCAAAUACUAUGAAUCAAUUAUUAACAAGACUGAAUUCUAUACCUACUACUCACUAUUCUCGACCUGAACAAUCCCGAAAUAUAAUUCGUACACAUUCAUGUAGUCGUGGAAAAUCUCGAUAUUACUCACAUGGAUCAGCAUCUGUACCAGAUCCAGCAUCUCCUGUUCGUUCAUGGUCAUCUAUAUCUUCCGGAACUGAGCACAGUUUAACAAAUCGAAUUGUUUGCAAAUCCCGUAAACAACUGAAUGAUCAAACUGAUUCCGGUUUUAUUGAAACCAGUUAUUUAAUGAAAACAUUGAAUACGAACAAGCCGUUGCCACAGAAUUCCAGUUCAACAUACCUAGGAAAGAAAUCUGAUCAUUUCCACAAUUCAUAUGAUGAUAAUCGUACAACAAAUUUAUCGCAAUAUAAUGAAGAUAUAAAAUCUAAAAAAUCAAAUGAAAUCGAUUCACGAACAUAUACACGUCGAAAGCAUUCUCGUUCUAAUGAUCAGAAUGAUCCACAGAAAUAUUUGACUACGUUAGAUGCUGAAUCUUAUCAAACUUGGGUAGCUCGAAUGUCCGAACUUGCUCAAGGUCUUAAUAGUCUGGCUAAAGAACCGCUAUUUCAAUCCGAUGGAAGUUGUAGUGAAGAGAAUAAAAACGAAUUUGAACCAAUAAACAGAUUGUAUCCAGAUGUUAGAACAAGUAAUUUACCAUUAAUAAAUGAUAAUACACAAACUAUACCUACAUUACCGGAUAGUACUACAGAUCCAGGUCUAUCUGAAAUUGUUGAAUGUUCAGCUUUCACUACACCAUUACCUCAUCAUACAUUAGAAACAAUGUUGUCAGUUACUCCGGAAAAUUUAUCAAAUUUUCAAAAAUUUUCUCAAACUAUUUUAAAUCGUAAUAAUACUAAGAAAGUAUAUCUUCCUAUUAUACAAAAUGGUACAGAUGAAAAAUUUACUGAUUUUAUUCUUUCAUCUCAAUCAUUCCAAUUAAAUCCAAAUUUUGAUCCGGAUAGUUCUGACCCAAAUGAAUCUGCUAUUUACUAUUCACUCAUGGUCGAUACAAUCCGGUAUCUGUCUAUAAAACUACGUCAAUUCUCCGAUAAAUUAGCCUAUCGAUUAAGUUAUUACUCACAUAAUCUCCUAGCAUUCAAUCAUCCGAAUAAGACAAAAGUGGUAGCUGUACAAAUAACUCCAUAA